AUGGACGGCUGUAGCAACAUGCCCUCGCGGACCGCGGCAGAAGAAGAAGCCGGCCAAAACCUCUGCGAGUUCUGGGCCAGAGCGUGGCAAGAGCACGAUGCCGCCCUGGCUCUCCAACAGAUGCGAAACGGCACACUGUGGUUGUCGUCCACUCACAUUCCACCAACCAACGGCCUUUCCUGCAGGCGUGGAGUGCCUGCAGCUGAGGCGGCGGCGCUGGAUCGGGCGCUCCCCUCAACUGAAGACACCGAGAGCGAGCCUGAGAACUCGGUUUCAAGGGCUUCCUCGUGUCAAGGACUGACCUUCCAGAGGGCCGCCGAGGGUCUGCACCCAACGCCCUGCCCGACAAAUGCGUUGAAAUUGACUGAGGAGGCGAAGCGAAGAGUCCAGGACACGAUCCUGUACUCGCCGGCAUACAAGGCUGGUAGAGGUAACAAAGGGGUGCCUCAUCCCAGAGCUGCACAAAAGACGGUGGGUGCCGCAGGCCACAGAACCACUCGAGAGGCCGCUGCUUCCGAUGUCGAUGCGAGGGGCAGAGUGGCAAAGGCGCCUACGCGCGGGACAACGGUUGCAAUGAACCUGAAGCGCUCCAACGGGCUGAAAUCGGCUCGAAUCCAGUCACUCCUGAAGGGUUGA